GGACUGGUGUGAGGAGCAAAGGAUGAGGUGACCCGCGGGUGUCAUACACAGGGGAAUGGGAGGGAGCCAGGUCAUGUGUGGGUCACAAGUGAACAGAUCAGGAGUUAUUCGUCAUGGCGUUAUUUCUUGGGCGCCAGAAUGCACAUACUCUCCUUAGACGUCUCCCUCGAGCAAAUGGUUUCCUAGAGGAACUUCGUCAGGGAACAAUUGAGAGGGAAUGUAUGGAGGAGGUCUGCAGCUAUGAGGAGGUCAAGGAGGUGUAUGAAAGCGAGGAGAAGACGAUGAAAUUUUGGAGAGGCUAUAUAAACACUCUUUACUCUGUCCGUGACCCUGCUCAGUGGCCCCAGCGUUCUGACUCUGUGUUUGUGGUGCUUCCUCUGCUGGGAUUGGCUCUUCUUUUCAUCUUUGUCCUCUUUGUUAUCUGGAGGUGUCAGUUGCACAAAGUCUCAGGCCCUCGGCCCUCCUAUAACUCUCAGAGUCGUUUUCUGCAGAGCCGCUCCUCCCGCUCCCUUCCCAGAGUGAUUGUUUACCGAGAGACAUCUGCUCACCAUCAGCAGGAGCUCUCUGCCACUAGGACCAGUUUUCAUAAUAAUGUCACCUUGCGUCCCCCACAGCGCCCUCACACCAGUCUGAGCUCUUGCAGUCCUCCACCAUCCUAUGAGGAAGUGACAGGGACGCAUGGCUCUGGAGAGAUGCCAGCUGCUUCCUACUGUGACCCUCCCCCAAAAUAUGAAGAUAUUGUGGAAGAUGCUGGCAAGUGAACUCCUUUGUUUUAUUACACUGUAAACAUCCCAAUGUAACCAGCCAACAGCUUAAAAACUUUAGCUCCUGUUGCCACUUCCCCUAUUACUUUGUAAGCCGUCUGCUUAUUAGGGGAAUGUCAGGCUGAUUGGAAAAAAUCAUAUUAUAAAAAGGGGAAGUUGGAUAUUUUAUGCUCACCCUGAAGGAAAGAAAUCCUCACACUUUCUAAAAGGCUGGACAGUUACUGAGAUUUGAGAGGUCGAUAGAAAGACAUUUUCAAAAUGGGUGCACUAUGCAUUGUUGCUAAUCUGUGGAAUUUACAAUCCAUCUAUGUACCCCAACAGCAGCUUUGCCUACAGGUUUACAAAGUAAUAAAACGUCUACUUUGCACUAUGUAAAUAA